AUGGAUAAUAUGAAGGUAAAAGAAAAAGAUAGAAAUAAUAAUUGUAAUAAUACUACAAAAGAAACAAAAUUUAGAGAAAAAAUUUUUGUUGUAAGAGAUUCUAUUUUAACUAAUGAAUUUAAUUCUUCUGGUAGAAUAUUAUAUAAUUAUUUUUCUUCACUUUUUAUUCUCCUAGCAAUAGGUACAUGGAUUCGUGAUACCUGGCAUUAUGGAAAUCCUCUUCAUCAUACAUGGUUAAUAUGGUGGAAUUUUAAUAGGUUUCCAAUAACAAUGUUAGCAUGGAGUAUUAUGCAUCUUUCAACAGUGUUUUUUAUUUAUUAUGGUAUGACAUUAUGGUCUUUAAUUCCAUCAAAAAACUGUACUAUUCAAUCACAAAAAUUCUUUUUUUUUUCAUAUAUAACAUAUUUAAUUUGUUUAUUUUACCUUCCAAUUAAAUGGAAUAUAUGGAUGGAAUUAAAUCCAGCAUGUUCAUAUAUUAUAACAUGUGAAAAUACAAGAUUAGCAAUGAAAGUUCAUUCAUUUGUUCGUGAAAAUAUUUUACUUGCAACAAGAAGAAAAAAACAAAUAUAUGAAGAUAAAAUUUCAUCAAUUGAUGGAUGGCCUACAUUAAAACAAUUUAAUUAUUUUAUGUUUGCACCAACAUUUAUUUAUAAAAAUUCAUAUCCAUCAUAUCCAACAAGAUCAUGGAAAAAAGUUGGAAAUUAUUUUAUUCAAUGUCUUAUUUGUAUAUAUAUUGUUGAUUUAAUAUUUAUGCAACAAGUAUAUCCAUAUUUUUCUGAAAUGAAUUAUAAUGAAAAUAAUAUAGUUACAUUAAUUUAUGCUAUCUUUCCCUCAAUAAUUCCAGGUAUGAUAUGCUUAAUGAUGUUAUUUUAUGGUAUUUUACAUUGUUGGUUAAAUAUGUUUGCUGAAGCAUUACAAUUUGGUGAUCGUUUAUUUUAUGAUAAUUGGUGGAAAUCAAAAAAUAUGGCACAAUAUUAUAGAGAUUGGAAUUUAGUUGUACAUGAAUGGUUGUAUUCUUAUAUCUAUAAAGAUUUAAGUACAUUCUUAAAAAACAAUUUUAAAAUGGAUAAAAAUGGGAGAAAAUUUUCUCAAACACUUGUUUUUUUCUUAUCAGCAUUCUUUCAUGAAUAUUGGUUUGGUAUAUCAUUAAGAGUCUUUUAUCCUAUAAUGUUUUUCUUAUACUUUAUUUGUGGUGGAAUAUUUUUUUUUGUAUCAAGAUUGAUAAAAAAUGAUUCUAUUUGGAAUAUAACAAUGUUUUGCAAUUUAUUAAUUGGAACAGGAAUGUUUGUUGCCUGUUACUCUAUGGAAUGGUAUGCCAAAGAAAGAUGUCCAUCACAAAAAGAAGGAUUAUGGAAUUGGAUACCAAAACAAUGGAAUUGUCAACAAAUAAAUUAA